AUGGCUCAACGCUUCUUCGGACAUCCUACCUUUGCUACACUUCAGUCAACACCUAAGGUUGGCCAUCACUCUUUGCCAGCAAAGGGGGCAGAAGAGAGAGAUAAUCAACACUAUGACACAUCAGAUGAAGCACUGUCAUUUGUAACCCUAGAUGACAACCAUGAGCAGCAAAGUGAGGACUCGGGCAUUAAUCUGUCAAGCAGUUCACAAAAACACCUUCCUGGGGGUGACAAUAUUGUUAAUACACAAAUUGAUGAUAUUGGGAAGAAAGCACAAGACCUUAUUGAGAGGAUCAACCAGAGCCGGGCCAUGGACCAGAAAAUCAUGAAUAGUUUUGAGGAAAAACUAAUGCAAAAGGUGAGUGAGAUGUGCCAGCAGGUGAAGGAGCAGAUGUUUGAGUACUAUGAGGAGCACAGUCAGGGGAUGCAGGCAAAGCUUAUUGAGCUCACAGGGGUGUUGGAGCGCAGUAAUCAGCUCAGCUUGGAGCUACAGGAUGCCAGUCAGACAUUGGCAGCAAUUAACAAAGGUCUACAGCAAUCCUCAGGCCAAUAG